AUGGUGGACAUCCUCCUCCCGCGGCCGCUCCCGGGCGCCAUGGGGGAGCCUUCCAAGAGGCGGCCGGGGCUGGCCCUGUGCGCAGGCUGCGGGGGCCGUAUCCAGGACCCCUUCUUGCUGCGGGUGUCGCCGGACCUGGAAUGGCACGUCGCCUGUCUUAAGUGUGCCGAGUGCGGGCAGCCCCUGGACGAGACCUGCACAUGCUUUCUGCGUGACGGCAAAGCCUACUGCAAGCGGGAUUACAGCAGGCUCUUCGGCAUCAAGUGCGCCCAAUGCCGGGCGGCCUUCAGCAGCAGCGACCUGGUGAUGCGCGCCCGCGACCACGUCUACCACCUGGAGUGCUUCCGCUGCGCCGCCUGCGGCCGCCAGCUCCUACCUGGAGACCAGUUCUGCCUGCGGGAGCGCGACCUGCUCUGCCGAGCCGACCACGGUCCGCCCCACGACGGCGCCGCCGCCCGUGGGCCGUGUAGCCCCGCGCUGCCGCCGCCCACUAAUACCGCGCACCUCGCAGAACCGGUGCCCGGACGGCCGCCCGCCCCGCGGCCGCCGGCGCACAAGGCGGCAGAGAAGACCACCCGCGUGCGGACGGUGCUGAACGAAAAGCAGCUGCACACACUGCGGACCUGCUACGCCGCCAACCCACGCCCCGACGCCCUGAUGAAGGAGCAGCUGGUAGAGAUGACGGGGCUCAGUCCCCGUGUCAUCCGCGUCUGGUUCCAGAACAAGCGCUGCAAGGACAAGAAGAAGUCCAUCCUCAUGAAGCAGCUUCAGCAGCAGCAGCACAGCGACAAGACGAGCCUGCAGGGCCUCACCGGGACUCCACUAGUGGCCGGCAGCCCCAUCCGCCACGAGAGCGCCGUUCAAGGCAGCGCCGUGGAGGUCCAGACCUAUCAACCACCCUGGAAGGCACUCAGCGAGUUCGCCCUGCAGAGUGACCUGGAGCAGCCCGCCGCCUUCCAGCAGCUGGUCUCCUUCUCUGAGUCCGGCUCCUUGGGCACCUCCUCCGGCAGCGACGUGACCUCGCUGUCCUCCCAGCUCCCCGACACCCCCAACAGCAUGGUGCCCAGCCCGGCCGAGACGUGA